GCGAUUGAUUAUUAUGAGACUUUUCUUUCGUUUAAGUGCCAUGCAAUGUGACGGUGACACACAAUUCUGAAGUGAUUUUUCUGACAAAUGACAGCGUUGUUUACAAUUGUUCCGUUGGUUACAUCCAAUCAGAAGGAAACACUCAUGUCCACUGUAACCCAGAUGGCUUCUGGAAUGAAACAGAACUCGUCUGCAGUCCCGUAGACUGCGGACCACCCCAGAUCUCAGACAACAUACUGACAAAUUACACGACAAAUACUAAUACCACUAGUACACUGUAUGGAGAAAGGAUAUCAUUCGUGUGCAGUGAGGGUCACGGAAGGAGCGGACAGUAUUGGGGGGAGUUUGUCUGCAGGGAGGACGGACAAUGGACGUUAGAUGGGACAGACUACGUGGGCGAAAUGUCUUGCAUCUCCCUCGAUUUCUACAUGGGUUGUUAUGCAGCAGAGAGCUUUGUUGUAAUCUCCCAGGUUCCCCAGUAUUCUAAUUGUAGGUGGAAAUGUAGAACAGAAAAUACUAGAUACGUCGGCCUGACAGCUGAUGUCUGUUAUUGCGGGGACAUUCUCAACGGAUCAGCAAUCCAGAACUCAAGUGUCUGCAAUGUGACCUGUACCGACACCGAUACAGAGAGUCCUGAUUACUGUGGGGGAUCAUCUGGUCAACUAUCCGUCUAUAUGACUAGAGCCAUGAUGAAUGAGCUUUCUAGUAUCGAAGGAUUCCAAAUUUCCAUGUCCACCACUGUGUAUGGAGACGAGGUUUUAACAUGCAAGCAACUUUGUCAAGCAGAAGAAGCUUACUAUGCCGUUCUACAGGAUGUGGAGUGCAUGUGUACUAAUACAACAAACAGUGGAGACUCUGUCACGGCGAAUACCUCUUCAAACACUAACACAUCUUUAACUAUGUACAACCUAGCGAAGUAUACUUCUAGGGAGAAACGUUGCAAAAAUUUGUACGACAAGAAAGUACGAAACCAUGGCUGGUACUACCUGCAGAAUAAAGCGACCCCGGUGUAUUGCAGAUUUGAAGAUGGGACACCUUGUGAUGAAGGAUGGGUUGGGUACUCCGGGAGCUGUUACUGGUUUGAAGCGGAGACAAUGAACUUUAGGGACUCCAUAUCCCACUGUGCGACAUUGAAUUCCUCUCUUGCCCCCCUUCAUAACACGGAGGUUAUCUCCUUUGUCAACAAAUACAUUCAAAAUUUUCACUCGGAUUUGUAUAGUCAACAUUGGCGAUUUGGUGCUAGCGAUGUUCAUAAAGUGUCGUAUUAUGAAUGGUUAGAUGGAAGCUUAAGUAAAGAAUCUUUCUUCAAGAAUGGUCGUCCUGAAAAAGACGGAUAUGAUUGUCUUUACAUUUCUAAAGGAUCAUGGGUCGACUAUAGCUGUAGUUAUGUGACAUCUUUCAUCUGUAGUAGGGAGCCAGCGAGGUUCAGAUGUGUGGAAUACGACACCAGUACUACCACGGAUGUUGAGUUAUAUAAAUACACAAACGAACACAUGAACAGACAGCUGUGUAUUCAAGUCUGUGAUGGUCGAUAUUCCGCGAACGUCUUACUGAAAGGAAAAGAUUGUUUAUGCACCAACAGUAGUAUCCAAUCACGUGUCACCUAUUUACCUGAGUCUGCGUGCGCAUCAUAUUGUCCCGGAAACGCUCACCAGAUCUGCGGGGGAAGUACAGAGUACAGUUUUAAAGAAAGUAUGUAUCGAAAUUUUUUGUGUCAAACGAAGCAUUAAAUGUUAGAUCUACCACAAGACAUUGAGUCAUAAGAUUGCUCAUUGCAUGGCAAAUUAUUAAUCUAACACGAUUUCAGAUUUAAAUGAAACAAGAGCGACAAAUUGCAUGGAGCUUGAGAACCAGGGGAUAGGAAACGUAACGGUUAUGUUAUGGAAUGCAUCACAACCGACAUAUUGUCCCCAAACAGGCAAGUGAAAGAAUCUGCACGAAAUAGCGUCCACAAUUGUUACCACGUGUAAUGAUGGUUGACAAAAUGUAUGUAAUGACACUAAUCAGCUGCAACCAUGCUGAACGUUGUAUAGAAUAUUAACUUAUAUGCUUCCUCUUUUUCUUUCUUAAUUUACACUAGUCAGCAUUCAGUUAACAUUGAACAAUGUCUUUUCUCUGGUAUCUCACAUGGGCCAAAAAUCAUUCAUUGUCGUUGCAGUUGUGUUUUAUUUUUCAAA